AUGUGUGUUCAUAUCAAUCUAUCUAUUUCACUUUAUUACUAUCUAUCUAUCUAUCUAUCUAUCUAUCUACCUCAGGCUAUUUUUAUGUCUUUUCAAUAUGUUUUGCCUCAUUCUUUGCGGCCUUUUUACCCGCAUUCUUUCUCCCGCUUACAGUCUAUCAGUUCUAUAACCGCACCUGCCUUUCUUUCGGGCUUCUUCUACCGACUUUCUGCAUUUUUUUCUAAAACUUCGUGUUAUAUCAACGUUACAAAUCUUCCAUGUGUUUUUUCUCUAUAUAUCUUUCCAUAUGUAUUACUCUUUUCCUUCUUUCUUUCUUUUAUUCUUUCUUUUUUUCCUUUCUUUCUUUUCUUUCGUUCUUUCUUUCUUUCUUUUCUUUCGUUCUUUCUUUUCUUUCUUUCGUUCUUUCUUUCUUUUCUUUCUUUCUUCCUUUCUUUCUUUCCACUUCCUCUCAUAUCAAAUUCUUUUUCUCUCUCUUUCUUUUUCCUUCCUCAUCUUCCCUUCAUUCUUUUUUUUUUUUUUAACAUCGUUCUACCCGGCUUUAUCGUCCUUCUGUCUCUUUCCAUGUGCUUUUCAAAUUUCACCUUUCCGACAGUUUUUUUUUCCUCUCCAUUUUCUAUUUUGUCUCGUUCCAUCAUUUUGUGUAUGUCUCCUUUCCAUUUCCCUGUGUCAAACCCUAUCAUCACGUUCCAAGAAUCUGGGUAA